AGUAGUAAAAAAUGAACAGGGGAGAACAUUAGAUGAAAGAAACACAUUUAAUACAUUGUCAUUGGAAUAUCUGGAAAUAAAUUACACUUUAUAGUAAUACUUUUAUUAUUUUCCCGCCGCAAACACAUAAAAAUUGAUUUCUUUCUUUAGAUUUUUUAGGAAUAGAUAAUGAUAAUUAUACAACAUUUUAUUUACAAAAUGAAAUCUUAAAAAUGCCCCUUCCUAGUGUCUUAAUUUUCUACUCUUGUUACCUUUUGAUUCCUUAUUAGUCUCUCUCUCUCUCUCUCUCUCUCUCUCUCUCUCUCUCUCUUACCCUAAAAGAGAGGGCCUCUCUCAUUUCCUACCUUCAUAAAUCCCUCUCCAGCGGCAGUCUUUUCAGCACACUUUGAGAGAGGGAGAGAAAUAGAGGGAGAGGGUCUCUGCUUCUGCUUCAUUUCACUGCCAUACUCUAUACCAUUGCACAAGAACUUUAUUUUCUUUUCUUCCUUUCUUGUAGUUUUACAAUUCUCUGGUUAGGUUCUUCAUCUUGAUAAGCACACACAAAACAAGUAAAAAAAAAAAAAUCAUUGUCAAACUCAAGUUUCAAAGUUUUCCAAAAAAAAAAAAGCUUUUAUCUUCUUGUUAUAUUUUGUUUUUAAGAAGUUCUUCAAUGGCACCUAGUUUUGAUUGUCUGGUUUCCAGCCUCCUUUGUUCAGAAGAUAUCAUCAGUUUUGAUGAUAACGAAUAUGGGGCUGUGGUGGAUGAGUCUCCAGAUGUUGGUACUGAAUGGUACCAUCGAAACCAUGACCAAGAAAAGUGCUUUGAGGGUUGGGAUGGGUUGCCAUUGCAGAGUGAUGAGUGUUUGGCUACAAUGGUUGAGAAGGAAUGCCAACACAUGCCUAGUAUUGAUUACCUGCAAAGGCUGAGGAGUGGAGGUUUGGACCUCAGGGCAAGAAAGGACGCUCUUGAUUGGAUUGGGAAGGCUAAUGCUCAUUUCAGCUUCGGACCUCUGUGUUCGUAUCUGUCAAUGAACUACUUGGAUCGUUUCCUGUCAGCCUAUGAAUUGCCAAGGAACGCUUGGUCUGCUCAAUUGUUGGCUGUGGCAUGCUUAUCUAUUGCUGCCAAAAUGGAUGAGACUGAAGUUCCACUUGCUCAAGAUUUACAGAUGUGUGACUCCAAGUUCGUGUUUGAACCUGUAACCAUACAAAGAAUGGAGCUUCUUGUGUUGAGCACAUUGAAAUGGAGGAUGCAAGCUGUUACACCUUUCUCCUUCUUAGACUAUUUCAUUCGGAAGAUCAAUAACGAUGAAGCCCCACUUAAGACCUCUGUGCAACGAUCCAUCCAACUUAUUUUGAGCACAGUCAACGGAAUUGACUUCUUGGAAUUUAAGCCUUCAGAGGUUGCAGCAGCAGUGGUAAUAUCUGUGUUGGCAGAAACCCAAACAGUGGACACUGAGGUAGCCGUCUCUGUGCUUAUUCAACAUGUCGAAAAGGAGAGAGUGCUGAGGUGUAUUGAAAUGAUUCAAAGCUCGUCACUGGAUAAUGGGUCUACUACUGGUUUGGGCCAGUCCGUACCACAGAGUCCAAUUGGGGUCUUGGACGCUGCAUGCUUGAGCUAUAAUGCCGCUGGCACAACAGUUGGGUCACGUCCUAAUUCUUCCCACGGUAACUCGGACAGCAACAAAAGAAGAAAACUAAGCCAACUUUAUGAGGUGGUGGAGCUCUAAUUUAGUAGGACUAUGGGGACCAAAAAUACGAGCAAGGAUAUCACUUCUUACCAAGAAAAUACCAACGUGUUCUUCUGUUACACACGAACUUUUGGUGUGUUUUGGCCGAAAGAAAAAAAAAUUAAAAAAAAAUAAUAAAAAGAAGGGUACGGUUGGAAGAAAAAAAAAAGAGAAGUUAAAAUAACUUAAGAAGGUAUUGGAGAAAAGAUGGCCAAUGGGGGAAUACAUACAUACAUCCCAUCUUAUUUCCAGCCAUGAGGAAGAAAUGUCACAGCUGUUAAAUAUUUGACCUCUUAACAGCCUAGACCGGUUUAGGUUUAACUUUAAAGAAGAAAAAAAAUGAAAAAAAAAAAAGAAGGAAAGAAAGAAAGAGAGAAAGAAAGAGAAAAGUUUAUUUUAGUUUGUCUGUUAGGUAUAGUUUGCCUUAGGGUUUAAAUCGACCAUAGAAGAAAAAGAAAAACGAGAAGAAUGAAGAAGUAGAAGAAAGAAAUAGUGUCGUUGUUGGCAGGAACUUAUUUAAAUAUUAGUAUUAGUGUUAUUAGCAUUAAUAUUUUAA